AUGGCAACCUUAGUAGUCCACACUCUAGAAGCCGGCCGUGCCUUUCUUCCAGAAAGACUCCUCUUCAACGACACAACCCCCACGAACGCCGACAGAGCGUACGAAUUCCCCGCACACGUCUUCCACCUCCACCACCCGGGCAAAAACCUGCGCAUGCUGUGGGACGCCGGCAUGCGCAGCGACAUUUCCACCUACGCGCCCGCAAUGCAAGCCGCCUUCGAAGCCUACCUGCACCCAUACGUGCGGGAGGACGCCCCGACGGGGCUCUCCCGGAACGGCGUGACUCCUGAGUCCAUCGAUUACAUAUUCUGCUCGCACGCACACUUCGAUCACACGGGCGACGCGGACAAGUUCCCCAAAGCAAAGAUAGUGUACGGUGCGGGUACCCAGUCCCACGUCCGCCCGGCAUAUCCCAUCGACCAGGGGUCGCGCUACCUGGAGAGCCUGUUUCCCGAGGGCCGGACGCUCGAGCUCGCCAAGGGGGAUUUCAAGCCCAUCGAGGGAUUCGCGCCCUGGGACACCGCCUGCGACUUCUUCGGCGAUGGGAGUUUACUACUCAUUGAUGCCCCGGGACACAUGCCCGGACACAUGAUCGCGCUCGCGCGAGUAGAGGGGGGGUACCUGUUGCUCGGCGGGGAUAGUUGUCAUCACGAAGCGCAUUUGAAGGAGUACGUUCCCGGUGGCAGGAUGGGGUUUGGGAUGCAUGAGGAUGCGGAUGGUGUUCGGGAGAAUAUCUCGAAGAUAGUAGAGUUUGCGAAGGCGCGGGGGGACGUGCGGCUUUGCCUAGCGCACGUUGGUACGUAUAAGGAUUGGGAGAGGGUUGUGCUGAAAGAGGGGGAGGGGAUGAGGUUGUAAGUUUUGGAGGUGAAAUGUGGGAAGGGGGAGGGAGGCUGGACGUUUUUUUUCUUUUGUCUGUGUGUUACUCCAGUCCCCUCUCG